AACACCAAUCCGCAGUCGAGGCAAGAGAGCCGAGCAGAGCCGAAGGAUCCGAAGGGCCAGCCUCCGCCGCAGCCGCACGAACCGGCAACGGCAGAGCCGCCCAGCGCGUCCACCGCGCACCACCACGUCUCACGCCCUCCUCGUUUGCGCCAAUUCUCCUCUCUUGUGUUUACUCUCUCCUUUGGCUGGAUUUAUCAAACAGGAACCUACGCGCGUGUCGCCCGAAGGAAGGCCAAGGCGUCGUGGCAGAGGAAUACACGGGCGAUGGUGGUGGAGCGCAAGGGCGUCCGCAAUGAGGCGGGCUACUGGGUCAAGGGCGACGGGGGCCACAAGCACGGCUUCCGGCUGCUGAAGGAGCUCCAGGCCGCCAACGCCACCACUCUGCCGGCCAUCCUGGAGUACGCGGCCAACAAGCAUGGCGACGCCCCAUGCAUGGGCACGCGGCAGCUGCUGGGCCGGGAACGCGUCGUGGAGAGCGGCAAGAAACUGGAGAAGCUGCAGCUCGGCGACUAUUCGUUUCUCACGUACCGCGAAGUGCACGAGCAGGUGGUCAAGUUCAGCGCUGGGCUCGGCUCCAUCGGCACGGGAGAAACCGGCAGGAUCGCCAUGUUCGCCGAGACGCGCGCCGAGUGGUUCAUGGCGGCCAUGGGAUGCUUGCGCCAGAAGCUGUCGCUCGUCACCGUGUACACCAACCUCGCAGAUGACAACAUCGUGUCGUCACUGAAUGAGACGGAGGUCAGCGUGAUCAUCACCUCGUUUGACCUCCUCGCUCGCACGCUCAAGCUCCUUCCCAAGUGCCCUGCGAUCAAGCAUGUGAUUGUGAUGGAGGAUCAACUGGAGGGUAUGGGCACAGUGCCCGAAGACCUCAAGGACGCGACUGUGAUGGCCUUCAAGGAUGUGGUGAAAGCUGGGGAGUCCGUGGAAGCCUCCUCGGAUCUGCCAGCUGGUGACGAUCUGGCCAUCAUCAUGUACACGAGCGGGUCAGGAGGUCGUCCAAAGGGCGUGGAGCUUACGCACAACAACAUCUUCUUUGCCAUCACGGGCUACGCCAUCCAGGCAGACAUUGGCCUCGGCGACCGAUACCUGGCCUUCCUUCCCCUCGCCCAUGUGAUGGAGCUGGCCACCGAGAUCUCGCUCGUCGCCAUGAACGUGACCAUAGUGUACUCGUCGCCGUUGACCCUGACCAGCGUUAGCCCCAAGAUAAUGAAGGGGACGCUCGGCGACGCUCAGGUGGCGAAGCCCACGUGUCUUAACGCAGUGCCGCUUGUGCUCGACAGAAUCAUUAAGGGCGUCACCAAGGUCAUUGAGGACCAGGGCUACCUCAAGACAAAAAUCUUCAAUGCAGCCCUCAAGCUCAAGCAAACGGUGCCGCCCUCCGUGAGUAAGCUUUUUGAUACUCUGAUAUUCAACAAAGUCAAGGAGCAUCUGGGAGGCGAGCUGCGCAUGUUAGUGGUGGGGGGAGCCCCACUGUCGCCUGAGACUCACACCAAGAUCCGGGCCAUGUUCGGCUGCACUGUGCAAGUGGGCUACGGAGCUACGGAGACGGCCGCUUCCAUCUCCAGCACUGACACCGACGACACGCGCACAGGGCAGUGCGGCCCGCCCAACCACGGGGUCCUGGUCACCCUCAGGGACUGGCAGGAGGGUGGCUACCGCACCACGGAUGAGCCUCACCCCCGAGGAGAGAUCCUUGUGGGGGGCCCCACAGUCUCGAGGGGCUACUUCCGCCUGCCGACCGAGACGGAGGAGUCAUUCAUUGAGAUGGAUGGUCAAAGAUGGUUCCAGACGGGAGACAUCGGAGAAUUUGAUGACACGGGUGUUCUGCGUAUUAUCGACCGCAAGAAGGAUCUAGUAAAGCUACGCACUGGCGAGUACAUCUCGCUGGGGGCCAUUGAGAUGAAGCUAAAGACGCAUCCUGUGAUAGAGAGCAUCUUCGUGUGGGCAUUCCCAGGCGCUGAGAACUGCAUUGCCAUUGUUGUACCUAUCCAGGACCGCCUAAGGAAAAUUUCAGACCACCUCGAUCCUAAGGCAGACCCAAAAGGAGAAACCAGUUUUCCCAACCUCUGCAAGGAAAAGCCCGUGGUGGCCGCUGUGCUGAAGGAGCUGCAGAGCCACGGCAAGAAGCAAGGCCUCGGGCGCUGGGACAUCCCCGUGGGCCUCCACCUGAGCCCUGAGCCGUGGACGCCGGAGUCCGGCCUCGUGACGGCGGCUCUCAAGAUUCGGAGGAAGCCCCUCGUCGCGCACUUCAAGGCAGACAUCGAUGCUCUCUAUGGCAACUUAGGCAGUCAAGAAUAGGACGUUUGUAGAUCUGCUUAUAUAUAGAUAUAGUAUACACUGAUCCGGAAAAAGACUAGAUCGAGUAUCAGCUGUUCAGAAAGUGCAACAUAUUUGAAAUCACAAUCGGGGCAAACUCGGGUCAAGGUCAGUGGUGACUAAUGCUUGCUCUUCAUGAUGGUUUAUCCUGCUUCCUCUUUAUCGCAAAGAAGAUAAGUGUAUUGUGAGCGAGGAGAGAAAAUAACGAUAAGAACAAUAAUUCAGAAUUAUUAAUAUUACCCAGUCUCAGCAGUUUCCGUACGUCUAGUAUGUCCGCCAAGCUUUCAAUAUGGUAACAUUUUCCGUAUAAUACAAGAUCCAGUUUUUGUCGAGAUCAGUGGUUGUAUAUUACUAUUAUUAUCAUAUUUUGAUAAAGUUUGAUACUUUUGCAUUUUUAUACUAUGAUUCGAGAAAAAAGUAUCGUUUUUGAAAACGAUUGCUAAGUGCAAUGUGCAGUGGCAACAAAAUCUGUAAGCCAAAUAUUUGAACGAGGACCCGUCAACCUACAGUAAGGUGCCAAAGUGUGCGAGUAAACAAAAUGUUUAAAUGGCCAUUUCAUUCUUAUGCAAUUAUCUCACUCAUCCGUUUCAUUACUACAAAUUUUGUUUGUUUUUGUUUGAUGGAAUGGCUGUGUUUGCAGCCAUGAUAAAGCAUUUUCAUUUGUUACGUUUGUGUAAUACUUUUAGAGGUGUGAAAAUGUACUGUAAUUGUAUGUCGGUUUGUAAUGUUAUUCUUUAAGGGGAUCACUGAAUUU